CGCCCUUGCAAACGAGUGUGUGCGUACAGGGAAAAUGGCCUUCUCCACCCCCUCCCUCUUAUCUUCUUCCUGCUCAGUACGCUACCGCCUCAAUCCACUACUCUUCUCCGCCCAACGACGUCGUCGCAUCUCUCUCUCCCGCCCACACGUUGUUCGUCUCAGAUGUAUGCGCUUCACCACCGUUGCUUCCAUGGGGGAGAGUGACGGCGUGUUUACUUCGCCGGAAGUAGCAAAGGCCUUUGACUUUACAAUGGAAGAAAGAAUAUAUAAAUGGUGGGAGUCUCAAGGAUAUUUCAAGCCAAAUUUGGAACAAAGAAAUGAUCCAUUCGUAGUCCCAAUGCCACCACCUAAUGUUACUGGUUCAUUGCACAUGGGACACGCAAUGUUUGUAACUCUUGAGGAUAUCAUGGUAAGAUACCACAGAAUGAAAGGAAGACCUACACUCUGGCUUCCUGGAACUGAUCAUGCCGGUAUUGCCACUCAGUUGGUUGUGGAAAAAAUGCUAGCAGCGGAAGGAGUAAAAAGAGUUGAUUUGGGCAGAGAAGAAUUUACAAAACGAGUAUGGGAAUGGAAGGAAAAGUAUGGUGGGACAAUCACAAAUCAGAUCAAGAGACUUGGUGCUUCUUGCGAUUGGACAAGAGAACGGUUUACUCUAGAUGCUCAGCUGAGUCGUAAGGCAGUUUUCAUCCAGAGCAGUAGCCGAGGCGUUUGUUAAGCUUCACGAGAAAGGCCUGAUAUAUCAAGGCUCUUACAUGGUGAACUGGUCACCUAAUCUACAAACUGCAGUUUCUGACCUGGAAGUGGAGUAUUCGGAAGAACCAGGUGCUCUUUAUCACAUUAAGUACCGUGUUGCUGGUGGUUCAAGGAGUGACUAUCUAACAAUUGCGACCACAAGGCCAGAGACUUUAUUUGGUGAUACAGCUGUAGCUGUGAACCCCCAGGACGAACGAUACUCUAAGUACAUUGGAAAGAUGGCUAUUGUACCUAUGACUUUUGGUCGACAUGUGCCUAUUAUUGCUGAUAAGUAUGUCGAUAAAGACUUUGGAACCGGUGUCUUGAAGAUAAGCCCUGGCCAUGAUCACAAUGAUUACCUUCUUGCUCGGAAGCUUGGUCUUCCCAUUCUUAGUGUCAUGAAUAAAGAUGGGACAUUAAAUGAUGUUGCUGGGUUAUACUGUGGUCUUGACCGGUUUGAGGCACGAAAGAAGCUUUGGUCAGCGCUUGAGGAGACAGGAUUAGCUGUCAAAAAGGAGCCUCACACUCUACGAGUUCCCAGAUCUCAGCGAGGUGGAGAGAUAAUAGAGCCCUUAGUAAGCAAACAGUGGUUUGUUACAAUGGAGCCCUUGGCUGAGAAGGCUCUCCAAGCAGUUGAAAAAGGGGAAUUAACUAUCAUGCCUGAAAGAUUCGAGAAGAUAUAUAAUCAUUGGCUGUCAAAUAUCAAGGAUUGGUGUAUAAGCAGACAACUAUGGUGGGGGCAUCGCAUACCAGUUUGGUACAUAGUGGGCAAAGAUUGUGAAGAAGAUUACAUAGUUGCUCGGAACACUGAGGAAGCUCUUCAAAAAGCUCAUGAGAAGUAUGGCAAAAACGUUGAAAUAUAUCAGGACCCCGAUGUUCUUGAUACCUGGUUUUCGAGGCUGGUAGCUGAAUGUUCAGCUGUCCAAAACAUUGAUGAUAACAUGCCAAGUGACUUAAACACUCUUGGUUGGCCGGAUGUGUCAGCAGAAGAUUUUAAGAAGUUUUACCCUACAUCAGUUCUUGAAACCGGGCACGACAUAUUAUUCUUUUGGGUGGCAAGAAUGGUGAUGAUGGGAAUAGAAUUCACAGGGACAGUUCCAUUUUCAAAUGUUUACCUUCAUGGACUUAUCCGAGAUUCUCAAGGCCGUAAAAUGUCUAAAACCCUAGGAAAUGUUAUAGAUCCACUUGAUACGAUAAAAGAGUAUGGCACCGAUGCUCUGCGUUUUACUCUCUCUCUUGGAACUGCUGGUCAGGAUCUAAAUUUAUCAACUGAGAGGUUGAAUUCUAACAAAGCAUUCACCAAUAAACUGUGGAAUGCCGGCAAGUUUGUAUUGCAGAGCUUGCCUCAACAAAGUGACAUAUCUGCAUGGGAAGCUAUUCAGGAAUUUAAGUUUGAUACAGAUGAGCAACUGUCCAAGCUACCUCUACCAGAAUGCUGGGCGGUAUCAAAACUUCAUUUGCUAAUAGAUGCUGUCACCAUGAGUUACGACAAGUUCUUUUUUGGAGACGUUGCAAGAGAAAUAUAUGAUUUCUUUUGGGCUGAUUUUGCUGACUGGUAUAUCGAAGCAAGUAAAGCUCGACUCUAUCAGUCGGGGGGUGAUCCGGUUGCUCUAAUGGCGAAGGCUGUACUGUUGUAUGUCUUUGAGAAUAUACUGAAAUUACUUCACCCAUUCAUGCCAUUUGUAACUGAAGUGCUUUGGCAGACGAGAGCAAUCCGCAAUGCUCGGGCAGAAUACUCAGUUGAACCAGCACGGCGUAUAUCUGCGUCUAUUGUUGCAAAUUCAGAAGUCAUCCAAUACAUCUCUAAAGAAAGAGAUGUUUUGGCUCUGCUCUCAAAACUCGAUUUACAGAACAUCAGUUUUUCCGAAUCUGUCCCUGGUGAUGCCAAUCAAUCGGUGCAUCUUGUAGCGAGUGAAGGUUUGGAGGCUUACCUUCCCCUUGCUGACAUGGUCGAUAUCUCUGCUGAAGUUCAGCGGCUUACAAAGCGCCUUUCUAAGAUGCAAACCGAAUAUGAUGGACUCAUGGCUCGCCUAAGUUCUCCCAGCUUUGUAGAGAAAGCCCCUGAAGAUAUUGUGCGUGGGGUUCGAGAAAAAGCAGCAGAAGCAGAAGAGAAGUUGAAUUUAACAAGAAAUCGACUUGCCUUUCUCCAGUCCAAUGUUUUGGUUUCCAAAUAAACACAAUGUCUUUUGCAGAAAACUGAGUAAACUGGUCCAUUUGUGCGGAUGGAUUUACAUUUGAUCGGAGGAUUUGGGCAAAGGAUUUCAAAAGACUACAUCUGAUUGAAUUUUUGUAAUAGGAAAUACUGAGGAUUUGUAGUCCUUCGAUUUAUCUGGAUUACCUAAACAUCAGUGACUGCUGUAAUCCUUCGAUUUAUCUGGAUUACCUAAACAUCAGUGACUGCUGUUA